AUGGGAAACAAUUUUAACAAGAAUACAUUAGGACAAAAAGUUGUUUGGAAAGAUGUAAAAGUAUUGAAAGUUUCUAAAGAACAUCCUGAUAGACUUUUUUAUAAAACAUCAUAUGAAGAGAAGGAUUUUGGUGAAAUAAUAGUGAUGAACAAAACAAGAAAUGCCAAAAGAAAAAGUUGUGAUUUAGAGUUAAGUAAACUCUACACUGAACCACCAGGUAUUUCAAAAGAAAAAAAAAAAGACCUAAUUCAUCUUUGUGAAAGUAAAUUGAUUCCUGAAAACUAUCAUUAUUUUUUCGAAAAUUUGAAAGUAUCAAAUUCCUGUGUUGCUGAAGUCAAUGACGAGAACAGUGAUUAG